AUGUAUCUUGUGCGAGCCACCAUCUCGCUCGCCACUUUGGCAUUCUCCGGGCUCACGCAGGCCAAUCCCACUCCUCCACGAGACCAUCCAUUUGCCGAUCUCGGUUACAGUCGCACCAAUAAUGAAGGGCGCGAUGCAUCAAUCCCUCUACGUAUCCUGCCGCUCGGAGCCUCCAUCAUGUUUGGAGUAGGCUCCUCGAGCAAAGACGGAGUUGUGGGCAACGGGUUGUGGACGCAAACCUUUGAGGAUGCAUUACGUCAAGACGGUUACGAAGUUAAUAUGGUCGGAUCACUAUCUGACGGUUGGAUGAAGGACAAUAACCAUGAGGCAAAUCCUGGAGACCUGGUAAAUGCUAUUCUCAGCAGAGUGCCAAACUCAGUUGGUUACAAGGUCACCCAACAUUGUGAUUAUAAACGGAGGCACCACGAUGGUAACUUCAAUGUAGAUAUCUCUACCAUCGGAACCCGCAUGGGGAACAUUCUCAACGCCCUCUGGACAGCGCCAGAUAUGAGCGAGACUUGCCUCAUGCUCUCUACCCUCCUUCCGACGGAGAAUCCAACAGGCAAAGGCAAUCGGGAUGCCAUAAAUAAGCAAUACCGUGAGCUGGUAUCUACACAUAACAAGACAAAGUGCAUAUACUUGGCAGAUAUGGAUCAUACCGAUGGACGAGUAUGGUUCAACUUCGAGACCGAUUACAUGGACGGAGAACAAUACUCUACUCACCCGAAUGACAAGGGCCACAGAAUGAUGGCAUCUGUUUUCUACCAGGCGAUAACAAAAGCGCUAGGAGACGGCAAAGUUCAGAAGCCCGCUGAUAUUGGCGAGGGAGGUCAGACUGGAUGUGAUAAGGUGGCCGACACUGGCAUUGAUGCAGGGGGCCUCACCCAGCGCGGGUCAGACAACGAUGACGGCGAUUACCACCACGAUAUGGAGGAAAUGGGCAUUCUGUUCACCAAAGACAGUGAUUGGGACCGGAACCAAUGGCGGUUCGCCCAUCUGUUCGACCAAAAAUAUGAUGAUCUCGUUGCAUGGCUUCAGGUCACAGACUCUUCUCAGGAAUUCGUAGUCUGGGCCAACUCCGCAGAUGGAAAAGGCGGGUUCAACGCCAUCAGCAACAUGGUGCCUAACAUUAACUGCGUCUCCGCCGAUGGUGUCAAUUUUAUCGACAUGAAUGGUGACGGUCUCGACGAUCUCGUCUAUAUUGAUGCAUACGGAAACGCCUUCCUCUCCAUCAACCAGGGAGAUGGUAACCGAGCAACAGGGAAGCCACCAACCUUCAAGAGUGUUAGCAGCACCGGCAAGAUUAAGGAGAAUGAGGGCUAUGCUAGGGAUAAAGUCCGAGUUGCUGACAUUGACGGUGAUGGCAGAGGUGACUACGGUGUUUGGGACUGCUCUGGCUGGAAGUUCUGGAGGAACGGAUGGGUUGAUGAUAUUCCCAAGUAUUGGCAGGCUCUUGGUGUCACUCUCAAGGGUCUCGAUGUUCCGAACAUUGACGGCUACAUCUUUGCAGAUAUCAAUGGCGAUGGACGCGAUGACGUUGUGUGGCUUGACGAAAACGGUGCUGGCUAUAUGCAGACCAACUCUCGAAGCUGUCUCGAGGGCAAAGAAGGAGACGGCCUCAAAGUGGCAUGGCGUUCGGGAUAUUUCCAAUCAACGUCCGAUACAAAGGUGUACAAGGGCAUGGGGAGUUUUGCCACUGACAAAGAAAAGAAUCUUCUUCCGCGGAUCCAUUUUGCACGCAUCUUCGGCCAGUCUACCGUGUUUGGCAACCUACCCAAGCAAGAUUAUGUCUUCAUACAGCACACCAAACUAGACAGCGGCAAGCACCGGUUCCAAAUGCGCGUCUGGAGAAAUAAGAGCACCGGCGGCACAAAGGUCCUCGUAGAUGGCAACAAAUAUUGCAAUAUGGUGGGUCACUCCAACGGGAUGGUCGAUUAUGUCUGGACUUGGUCCACCGGCAAGAUGGAGCUGUACGAGAAUCGCGGCAAGGGGCAUAUCUCCGACUCAGACUCCGAUGGGUAUUGGGCUACUAAAGGGACAAUCUGGACCCCACCUAAUGAUAUUCACCGGCGCGAUUUGCAUCUACAGGACUGGGAUGGCGACGGAGAUUGCGAUAUCAUCUACGUCAAUCCUGAUGGCGGCUCUGUCCAGGUGUGGAUAAAUAACUAUCCUGCGACUGGCAAGUGGGAUUGGACACACCUUGAAAACCCUGCACCGAAACUCAAGUGCUCUCAGAAGAAGGGACUGGGGAUUGACGAUUUGGCUGUUCGUUUCGCAGAUAUUACUGGUAACGGCCGCGCUGACUACCUCUGCCUCGAGCCUAACAGCAAGGUCACAGGCUUUAUCCAGAACAGCGACGUUUCCUUCGAGGAUGUUGGUCAGAUCAAGUAUGCAUUUGAGAAAGACCGUGCUAACCUUCGCUGGGCCGACGUCAAUGGCGAUGGCAAAGACGACUUGCUCUGGGUUGACAAGUUCAACGGAGAUGCUUACGUUUGGUACAAUAAGGGCAGGGGAAGUCCCGCUGAUCUUCAAGGCUCGUCCUUCUCCUGGGGCCAGCAGAGCAAGGCCGCAUACGCUGGCAAUGCCGCGGGCACAUGCGAGUUCUGGGCUGAUCUUGACGGUAAUGGCCGAGCAGACGAGCAUUGCAUCGAGGGUUCCUUUACCAAUAAGGCAAGGACAUGGCUGAAUCCGUCAUGUGGUGCUGGAUCGGAUGCUACAGGAGACGAUGACACAUUUGCCGAAAGACUCACAGCAGAGAUUGCCUCGUAUAAUUCGUAA